AUGGACGUUUUUUUUAAUACCUGGAGACUGGUGAAUAUAACUUUUGUCAAUUGCCCACAUUCGGAAGGGUGGAGAGCGACGAGAUUGGAAACGUCAUUGACGCUCGAGAAAAUCCGUGAAGUGCUCUGUCAAUGCGAUGAAAAUGGCGAGUCCAUUAUGAAGUUCGAUAUGUACUUUUGUAACAGCGGGGGGCCGAAUGUGAUACGAAGGAGUGAAGAAGCAAGUAUUCAUCUCCACGAAAUACUCGGUGAAAAUAAUGAACUCCGCAUCAAGCGAAGUGAGAAAGUUCUGGUUAAUAUAGACUUUCUCAAUUGCCCACAUUCGGAACAACCGAGCACGGCGACACUAGAUCCGUUAAUGACGCUCGACAAAAUCCGUGAGGUACUUUCUCAAUGUAAAAAUGGCGAAUCUAUUAUGAAGUUCGAUAUGUACUUUUGUAACAAAGGAGGUCCGAAUGUUAUACCAAGGAGCGAAGAAGCAACCAUUUAUCUGCACCAGAUACUAGGAGAUAACAGCGAACUUCGCAUCAAGCGAAGCGAGAAGAUUGAAGAAGUAAUAUGUCGUUUGAUUGAAAAGAAGAAGUUAGAUUGCGGCAUUCGAUGGACUGAAAACGGACCGAAACAGUCUGAUAAUGUAGCAUUCAAGUUUAACAGACAUGAAUUUGGAACACAUCGGCCUGAAUAUAGAUGUAGAUUCGAAAAAAGUAACAAGAAACUCUGUGAAAAUGGCAUUGAAUGGAAACUUGAUUUGAACAUGUCGUGGUUACCGUUUACUGGUUCGAUAGGCGCACACUUUGCGCAAAAAGGAUCAAACGAAAUUGAACACACAUCAUGUCGGAUACUCGAAAGAUAUAGUCGAAAGACAUUACUGAUGAAAAGAGAGCAUAUAAAACCUUCUGAGGAAUUCAAGAGUAAAGUAGAGCAAGCUUUGGAAUCGGAAAGUCAAGAGGAGAAGCGUGACGCCCUGAAUGAAGUUUGCAAGAAAUAUGGGCAUUUUUGGGCGAGAACAAUACGAUUGGGAGGGUUGAUAGUUAAAAACGAGGAAGAGCAUAAAGAAACCAAUGUUCAAUCAACUGGUAGAACGAUAGACGCUGACGCCAGGUUGGAAACAACACCAAUGGGGAUAGGUGCUGGCACAAGACGGAAUAAUGAAAGGCUGAACCAAAAUUCGUCCAGCAAUUCGGACAGGAAUAUUAUAGUUGUUGGUGGAGAUGAGACAGCUUACAAGCAUGAAGAUGAUACAGAGCAAUGGCUUGAAACACUUGAUGAUUGUUUUACCUGGGAGGUAGUAGAUUAUGAAGAUAUAGUUCCAAUAUUUGAAAUUUUCGAGGGAACUGCACGAGAUGCUAUUAUUGAAACAUUUGGACCAAGAAUAUGCUAUUAUGGGAUUAAUGAAUUGAAGUUCUCAAGAAAGCUCUUAUACCUGUGUGUGCGUCCACUAAAAGUCGAUUCUGAUGUAUGGAAAGGAAUUAGCCAGCAUCAAAUUUUUGCAGAGGUCAUGUGUGAUGAAAAGAGUGAUGCAAUAUUUACAGCGAAUAUUGAACGGAUGAUGAUUGGGCCACCAAAUAUACAUGUUUCAAAAAUUCGGGAAACUGGUAGCCUCAAUAAUUUAUUUUUGAAGAAUUAUACAUUGAAAAUAGCCUACAUUAUCACAGGGUAUCCACAAACAUUUAAUUCCCAAGCAGUUGAUGAAUUACCUGUCGAGGUUGCUGCUGUCAAAGGAGAAAAGAGAGAUGAUAAGUUAGUUGCAUCAUUGCCAAUGCUUCCAAAUAUUCAAAGUUUUAAUCAAAGAGUUGUCUUAGUUACUUGUUAUGUAACGCAACGUACUGGCAAUUAUAUGAUGUUUGCAGUGCACCUUCACAGAGAUGGCGCCAAUAUUAGUGAAGUAUGCAUUUCUGCCUACAAACGUGAUAAAAACGGAUCUUACAAAAUAGAAGGGUUGCCGCAAGAAAGUGUUGAAAUCGCUUACUGUAUCAUUCCAGAUGACCGGCAAUAUGGUGAAAUCGAAUUUAAACUUAAAAACAAAAUCAAGCAGAUACGAUCGGAAGCUUAUCAAGCUCUGUUUUCAAGUCGACGAUUUCCUGUACGUGGUAGUAAGCCGGGUUAUCAAGGGAAAAUAAAAACAGGCAACCGCGAGGUCAAUACUAACUCAGCUGCACACCACCCAACGACAACAAUGACUGGUCGUUUGAAAGCGACAAAAAUGAACCUUUAUUUAAUCGACGCAAAAUAA